ACGGCGAACGUUCUCCUCUCCUGUGCUGCCCGCGCUCGUUCGCGCUCUCGCUCAUCGCCAAGACAGGCGGCAUGCGGGGCCAUUUCACCGACAUGAGGUAGCGCGCGGCCCGGAUUGCUUCCGCGCACAGGAGAUCAAAUUCCGCCCCACAGCCCGAAAUGGCCAUCGCACAAGAACGCAUGUACUGCGGACAUCCUCCUCAAAAUCAUUUAACCACCCUAGGCGCGGCAACAUCGCAAGCCACCCACUCUCGCCUGGCCUGCUCAAAGAUAAGAAGAGACGAAGACUCCCGCCAUUUGCAAACCAUCUGCUCGCAAACCUACUAUUGACGCACGGGACCGCUAAUUGCAGCUAAUUGCUUGCCCACGAUCGCCAAGCCCGGCGAAAUACUGGAAGUUUGAGAUGUCACUCGUCCACAGAGGCACAGCUUUUC